GAAAUGACUAAAUCCCUAUAAAUACUUGUAAAAACCUUUAUCAAUAAUAUAAGAAAAAUUGAAAGCCUUUCAAGCAACAAUCAUGGGCAUCAUCAAUAUCAUGAUUGCCUUUCUUUUUCUUUCCUUUUCCAUACAUAUAGUUAUACCGCAAUCUACACUUAAUAACUUUCAAAGGUUGUAUUUACCAUCAACUUCAGUAGGCCCUGAAGCAAUUAUCUUUGACUCCCUUGGUAGAGGACCAUAUACUGGCAUUUCAGAUGGCAGAAUUAUCAAAUAUAAUGGAUCUAGUUUCACAGAAGUGUAUAUUACUUCACCAAAUAGGUCUAGAUUAGUGUGUGAUGGAAGAAAUGCCCUAGGUCUUUUGGGACCAAUUUGUGGAAGACCAUUAGGAAUCGAUUUCUAUUACAAAGAAAACCUUUUAUAUAUUGCAGAUGCUUAUAAAGGACUUCUUGUGGGAGCUAAUGAAACACUUGCAGUACAACUAGCCACUGAAGCAGAAGGGGUGCCUUUUAAAUCGCCUGACGGCUUAAAUGUUGACCAACUUACUGGAGAGGUUUAUUUCACAGAUGCCAGUUCUGUAUACCAAAUAAGCGAAUUGCCAGUAGCAGUUUUAUUGAAUGACUCAACAGGAAGAUUACUAAAAUACAACCCCGUAUCAAAAAAUGUAACAGUGCUUCUAAGGGGGCUAGGUGGAGCAGCCGGAGUGGCAAUAAGUAAUGACAGCUCGUAUGUUCUUGUAAGUGAGUACAUACCUAAGAGAAUUCAAAAAUAUUGGCUAAAAGGUCCCAUGGCUUUUAAAUCAGAAGUUAUUAUCAACCUCGAAGGCAGGCCUGAUAACAUUAGGAAGAGCCCUAGAGGAGACUCUUUUUGGGUGGCAGUGACAACAACGAAUCUAGUUGGUGGAACUAUCCCUAAAGCCAUAGAGAUUAAUGGAAAUGGUGUCAUCUUGCGUAACAUAUCUCUCGACCGCUAUUAUUCCACCUCUAUUAGUGAAUUUAGCCAGCACGGGGAACAGUUUUAUGUCGGAUCUCUUCAAGCUAGAUUUGUUGGUAAAUUUAACUAAUGAAAUCUAGGGGUUACACAUUAUAAAUAGAACAAUAUGUAUGGUUGGUGAAAAUAAUGUCAGUGAACUCUAUACCUAUUGAUCUAAACAUGAGAAAUAAUAACAAAUAAUAAUUGUAAACCACAUAAAAUUAUAAUGUAUAAGAAUCGAGUGAUCUCAAAA